AUGUUUGGCCGCGUGGUACACUUGGUGGUGGACGCGAUGCUGAUCAGCGUCGUGCUCUCGGGCAUCAAGCGCAACACUGGGCUCACAUUGUCGCUCGCGCGUAUUCCCAACCGAGAUGUGCGCAAGUUUUUUAGCGCGUACCUGGAAGCCGGCGAAUGGCUGAUGGACUUUGCUGUCGUGAUUCUUGGUCGGAGCAGCAGCUUUGAGCGUAUCCGCUGA